GAAACGGCGCCGAGCAUUCCGGCAACGCCAGACAACGCGGCACAAUCGAGACGUGAUAAUCGUCGUAGGAUCGGAGAGAAACUGAGAGAGAAAAAAAAAGAUAGAAUCUUAAACUACCGUCGUGUCUAUAUCCGUUUGACACAGUCAGUCCGCAGCAUCCGGCGUGCACCGAGGAUGGGAAUCGCAAAGACGGCGCCGGCAUCGGAGAGCAUCCUCGAGGAGACAGUUCUGCCGAGCGAGGAGGCGAAUUAUUCGCUGCAGGGUCAUGCCGAGGAAUGGAGCGAGAAUUUUCCCUAUCAGCUAUUGAUAGCAGCAGGAGUGGCUUUAGUUGUUCUGGUUCUCUUGGCGGCGGUGAGUUUCCAAUGCUCUUCUACUUGGCGAUGGUUGAUAAACAUGACUCGACAUGAAAAUCUCGAGGAUACUGAGACUGAUCAGACUCAACAGAAUGCGAUCCGAAUCAGUCAUUCUCUCCCAGAUCUACAAUCGGAACCGAUCACUCAUGAAUAUGUUCAGGAGCAGAAAGAGAAUAAGAAGGUGUUGCGUCAAACCACUUUGCCCAUCGUACCAAUGAGACAUCAAAGCUUCCAACGUCAGCUAUCGCAUCGCCUUGAUUUGCCUAACAUUAAGUUCAGCAUUUGUAGCUUCGAAAAUCGCAGCGAUUCUAGCCUUGGUCUUAUCAAGCCGGAAUUGUACAAAAAAGAGCUUGUGAGACAAGAGAGCGCGGAAAGUUCCAGUACAACAGAGAUGGAAUAUGCCGGCAAACUACAUUUCGCUCUGCGCUAUGACAAGGAAAUCGAAGGACUUGUUGUUAAAGUUUUGGAAGCUCGUGAAUUGCCAAUAAAAGAUGUAACGGGUAGCAGUGAUCCAUAUAUCAAAGUGUAUCUGUUGCCAGAUAGAAAGAAAAAAUUCCAGACAAAAGUACAUCGAAAGAAUUUGAACCCGAUAUUCAAUGAAACGUUUAUCUUUAGCGUGUCAUAUGAGGACCUGCGGGAACGUUAUCUACAAUUCUCGGUCUAUGAUUUUGAUCGCUUUUCACGUCACGAUCUCAUUGGACAAGUAGUUCUUAAAGGACUCUUAGAUUGCACCGACCUUGAACAAGAAAUUGAAUAUACGAUGGACAUUCUCUGCGCCUUGCAGGAGAAAGUAGAUCUAGGAGAAUUGAUGUUAUCUUUGUGCUAUCUACCAACGGCCGGUCGGUUGACAUUAACCGUGAUCAAAGCCAGGAAUCUUAAAGCGAUGGAUAUAACGGGCAAAUCAGAUCCUUACGUGAAAGUCUAUCUGCUAUGCCAAGGUAAAAGAAUUAAGAAAAAAAAGACAACGGUAAAGAAGAAUACUCUUUAUCCCAUCUACAAUGAGGCACUUGUCUUCGAUGUACCCGCGGACAACAUCGAGGACGUCAGUCUUAUAGUGAAAGUAAUCGAUUACGAUAGAAUUGGUUCGAAUGAAUUGAUGGGUUGUACGGCAAUUGGAUCGAGCUUCAUCGGAAUCGGCCGAGAUCACUGGCUAGAGAUGUUGGAUAAUCCGAGAAAACCGGUAGCACAAUGGUACCCGUUGACGGAGACCGUGUCUGGCCAUAUUCCAGCCAUGGAUUCGGAUGCACUUCCAGUUAGCUUGAGCUGCUUAAACAGGUAGAUGAAGACAAGAGGCGGAAAGUAAACACUGCGGAAGCUCGCAAAUAUUGUCGGACGUCGGCUUGGACAUUGUUUCCUUCUGUCGUCAUUUAAUGCACAUCGCUUGACUGACUUAAGUACAAUCUCUGUCUCAAAGGGCCGGAAGGCGAAUUCUGUGCUUUGUAACCUUACCUCGUGCAGCAGGCAUGAAAUAAUAAACGAUCCAAUGUAGUAGAAAGCUCGAUCUUUCGCGAAACAUACGUUGCUCAAUUCCAACGAUCUAAUGGUGAUCGUGAAUGGAAACGAGAUCGAUUUGCAUUUUGCUUUGUCUUUCUAUCGAGAUAAUAUGCUGCUCGCGAUAGAGUGCAGGCUGGUCCCGCACUAUUUCAAAUACAGGUUGUAUUUACAAUAUCCCCGUAGAAUUUUCCUGUCAUACGUGAUGUUGAGCAUGACGAUAGCUUAAAUGUUUUUAGAUUAAUAAGAAAUCAGAUAUACAUAUACAUAAGUUUUUAUAGAAGAUACAUAUAAACGCAUGGAAUAUAAGGCCUUACCCUCGAUAAAGGCGAGACCGAACAAGUGCGGGCAAGAUUUAGAGACGACAGAUCAUUAGCUGGAUUAGCAGCGGAGUACAAUUGAAUACCGAUAGUAUUUCUAAGAUAGUACAGAUACUGAACGCGCCCGUUGGAUCUCUAUACAUAUACAUGCAUCGUUUAUUAUUUCACGCUCGCUAGAAUUUCUGCGCAAAUGUUCUAUUAACGUGAUACAUGUUUAGAUAUAAUGCCCGACAACGGGCACUAUUUGUGAUAAUGUAUCUGAACACUGGCGUAUACACAUACACGUAUAAGCAACAUAUGUAACGUGAUUUUGGCAUCAUGUAUAUCAGUAGUCGCUUCGUACACGCAUGUACGUUUGUAAUUGAUGCGACUAUUCGAUUGUGAACCUGAUAAUAAAUAAUAAUAUACAUUUAGAUUGUAUAAGGAAUUAUAUAUGUUAAGAAGAAAAAAGAGAACAAGAACGCGCGCGAUGCACACAAAGUACUCUUAUAAUUUGAUAUAUUAUAAAUAUAUCAUUUAUGUGUAUACGUACGUUUAAAAAUAUAAUCAAAAUAAUUCUAUAAAGAUUUAAUAUAGAUAAAUUCCAGCGAGAAAUCUAUUUAAUUUCUUUGAGAAUUGCAUUUGUGAUCAGAUUUGCGAAUUUAACAAUUGUACUUUAAUAUAUUUUUAAGUACAUUUAUUUGAUGACAUAUACGUAGGAUGUAUACAGGAAAGAAUCUGAAUAUUAUGAAAUAUGGGCGUUUCUGGAAAAUGGCUGAGUAUAAAUAAAUUGAAAAUUGGAUGAGUCAAUUUUUUAAUAAGUGGCGAAAUAAAGAUUUGAUUUGUGUACAACAUAUUUACAUUCUUUUGAUUGAUUGAAAUAUUAAAGUGUGUCUAUGAAUUUAAAUUUAAUCAAACUAUUGUCAAUCGCAUAAAAAAAUUGAGAGAUAUAAGUUAUAUCACGGAAAAAGUAUACGUAAUAUUUACAUAUAUAGAAUUAUAUAUUAUACAAACUGUAUAGAUAAAAAUUAUAUCAAAACUGGUGAUAUAUUUCGAGUGACAUAUAUUGACUAAUGGAAAAUGUGCCAACAAAAAAUAACGAUGUAGUAUGAUUAAAAACAGCAGUAGUAUGAUUAAAAGUAAUACGUUCUCCAAUCACACACGCUUAAAAUAGAAACUUUAGUCUGCUCGCUAUAGUGAUCCUAGAGUAUCCUACUAUAACUAUAUUUCGAGUCAAUAUACUUCCGACUAUAUGGCUGCCUGUAAGUCGUAAGGAACAUCUUUCCAAAUCCUCACCCCAGAAAAUUUUCCAUUUACUCCAUUGUUCCAGCGAUGCCCAUGAAGAUAAAAAAAUAAAAAAAGAAAAAAAAAGAAAACGUACUGUAUUUUUCGUACAAGUGGGUCACUCUAUACCACAGGACUGAGCUUUCUCAAAUAAAUUUCAUGUAGUAAGUGAAUUCAGUCGCUUCAUAUUGAAAGUAGCGCUUAAACAAGUCCAAGAAACAAGAACGCGAUGUAAAAUGUGAACUCCCAAUGCUAAUGCUGUUAUAAAUUAUUUAAAUCUCUCCCGGAUACGAUGCUAAAGUAAGCUUUUGUUCAGUUUUCAUUACGUAAGCUUUAGUGAAAAAUGUGCUUUUUAUUUGCUUCAAAUACGAACGACUUAUAAUUUAUAAAAAAGGAAAUGUAUGCGAACUCUUUCUUCCUGCUGGAUUAUAAAAUAAUAAAUACAUAUCUUUCAUGACUCUAGAAAUAUGCACAAAAUAAAUUAUAUAUAUAAACGAAUGCAUGUAUAUUGGUAAUUAUUAAUUUGAUAUAAUUAUUUAAAUUGGUGAGAAUAUGUACUUUGUUUAAAACCUACUCUAAUUAUGAACGCGAUUGUGUUCGCAUACAUGUAGUUAAUUUAUGGGCAAAUAACAAUAAUACCGAUAUAGAUGAUGUGUAUACUUUUCUAACGAGUACAUAUCUACAUUGUAUAUUUGAGCACGCAGUGCUCUCUGUUAUGUUCGUGAAUGACACAAAUAAAUCAUAACAAGGCAGAGA